AGGACUGAUAGCUUAAAGAACAAGAUGUUUACCCAAAGUUUUCAACUGAAUCGCCACAUGAUGAGAUUUUGAAAGCAAUCGGAUUACGCAAAUGACAACGAGGACUUUAUUACCGACGGGAAUUAAAGUAUAAGAUAAAAUAAAGUUGGUUAAUUAAUUUGACAGUUGAGCUAAUGUGUUCUGAGCUACCAGCCGUUGAAGCUGAAGCGAGAUGAGCUCUUCACGGGAGAUUAAACAGCUGCAGAAAGCAAAGAGCAAAGCGCAGAGCAGCAACAAUUUACGAGAGGAAGCAAACAUCUGCAAUCUGCUGGGAGAACUGCUGGCCAGAAGUGGUGAUUAUGGUGCUGCCAUAAGGGAGCACCAGCAGGAGCUGUCUCUCUCCGAGGUGCUCAACGAUGUGAUCGGACGAGCCGUGGCCCAUCGCAAGAUCGGAGAAUGCUGUGCGGAGAUGGGAAACAUUGAGGCUGCUCUGAAACACCAGCGAUGUCACCUGGACCUGGCUCGCUCAGUCGGAGAUCACGCCGAGGAGCAAAGGGCGCUGGCCACCAUUGGGAGAACCUACCUCUUCCGUUAUGAAUCGGACCAAUCGAGGAACAGUCUGAAUCAAGCGGAGGAAGCCUUCAAAAAGAGCCUGUGCAUCGUGGAUGAUCGUCUUGAAGGGACUGUGCCGCAGCGAGAGAUUAGUGAGAUGAAGGCACGCCUCUUCCUCAAUCUUGGACUGGUCUGUGAUCACCUGGGGGAGCAAAAACGUUGCAGCGAGUUCAUCAGACGAAGUGUCUUCAUUGCAGAAAAAAUUAAUCUGCUGGAGGAUCUCUACCGUGCAAACUUUAACCUGGGCAACAUUUACUUCCGUCACGGUCAGUGGUCGAAAGCCGUGCGCUGCCUUGAACAGGCCAAAGAGUGCGCAAGGAAGAUCAAAGACAAGUUCAGCGAGAGCGAGUGCUUUCACUGCAUCGGCAAGGUGCACCUGUCUUUGGGUGAUUUUGUGGCAGCUAGACGAUCUCUGAAGAAAGCGGUCCAUCUGGGUUCCCAGCAGCCACAAGACCGUCAGACAGUGAAGCGGGCUUUCAAAAACGCGGAUCUGGGUUGCAAAUUGGAGGAGCAGCUGGGGGAGGAUCCGGGGAAAAGUCUUGGCUCCCAUCACGCCGUGGGGCUGGCGGAGCAGCUGGGGGACCUUUACUGCAAGGUCGGCUGCUACAGCAAAGCUCUGGAUGCAUAUCAAGCUCAGCUGAAGGGCGCCGAGGCGUUGGGGAAGCCUGCGAGGGAGCUGGCUGUCAUCCAUGUGUCCCUGGCUGCGACCUACACAGACCUGAGGCAGCACAGCAAGGCAGUGGAGCACUACAGGGAGGAGCUGGCCUUGCGACAGGGCAGCCCCACUGAGGAGUGCGGUACCUGGCUGAACAUCGCAGCAGCUCAGGAAGAGAGUGGCUGCUCCUUUGAGGAAAUCGAGAGCAGCUACAGCGCGGCCUCAGACUGCGUUCAGAAGUCCGGACAAAGCGGACUUCAGAAACGCGCGCUGAGGCUCUGGCUGGCCGCGCAGAGACGACACGGCUCCUCCCAGAUGGAUGACACGGCGGCGAGGCUGCAGGAGCUGUGUGCAGCCGAGGGCUGGAGUCCAGAUGGAAGUGAUGGUGAGGACGACGAAGAGGAGGAGACGGACAACAGUGAACCUCUGGACGACAGUGAUGUCGUUCUCUCGGACUCAGACGAUGAUUUGGAAGGUUAUGACAAGAUGGUGUCAGGAAGGAGGAAGGCCGGAAGGUGGAACAAGAGGAACGAGAAGGGCGAGACAACUCUGCACAGAGCUUGUAUAGACGGAAACCUGAAGCAGGUCCAGUAUCUGGUGGAACAAGGUCACCCAGUGAACCCCAGAGAUUAUUGUGGCUGGACACCUCUUCAUGAGGCUUGCAACCAUGGUCACUAUGACGUUGUGUCGGUGCUUCUGCAUUACGGCGCUAACAUUAACGAUCCCGGAGGACCCUCAUGUGAGGGGGUGACGCCUCUGCACGACGCCCUGUGCUGUGGGAAUUUGACAGUUGCAAGACUCUUGGUGGAGCGAGGGGCUUCUGUCACCCAACGCAACUCUAAGGGGGACACGGCCAUGGACACCCUGCGUAAGUGGCAGCGGACAUACAGCAGGGAGUUGGACCAGGACACCAAGCAGGAGUGCGUCACUACAGAGACCCUGCUAAGGAAGGCUCUUGCAGGGGGAGUACCCGCCGCUCCGACCCCAGCCAAGGCGUUUGAUGCGCUGCAGGACAGCCAGCUGUUUGAUGCUGAGAUGUCGGAGCCACUGCGGCCCUCUGAAACGGGUUGUCCCUCCAGCCAAGACCGGCCCCGGACCAGCAGGAGCGCAGAGGUGAAGGUAGCGCGUGGCAGCCCGACGCGGUGGAAGAGCAACGGCUCUGCGAAGCGGCACAAAGCCAGAGGAACCGAGGCUGCUGUCCUGUACGGGCAUCACAGCAGCUCCUCAGAAGACAGCGACUGCCCGGUGAGUCCUCUCCAUGCCGUCCGCCUUCGACACAGCUUCCCAGCAGCCCCGAGUCAAAAGGAAGCCCCAGCACACCGGGAAACCAACGCGCUCCCCGACUCCGGUCGAGAAAGUCUCCGGGAGGCACCCGGCCCGUCUGUGUUUGCACGAGAGGAGUAUCACAGUGCCAUUCGAGGCUUAGGCAGCGCCAAGACUCUUCUCCAGGGUCUGUCCCAGCCCCAGUUCUCCGGCACAGCAGCUGUUUCAUCCAGCAGCAAAUCAGCCCUGGUUCCCGAGGAGGAGUAUGUGGCUGAUGACUGGCUGGAGGACGAUUUGGGGGAAAUCCAGCCGAAGAAAAAGAGGCGUCUUGGAGCGGAUCAGAGUGAGAUGAGACGGGAGGACGCUGCCGUAUCCUCAUCAGCAAGAGGCCAAAACAGGCUCUUCAACUCUGACACAGCCAGCAGAAUUGCUUCAUCGUCCAGCAGGAGUCUCUCUGUGAAAAAGAACAGCUCUCAGAGGCCUCAACAGGUGAAAAUGACUCAGAUGCCGGGGAUGCUCAGGUUGGGCAGACGAGAGGUCAACAGGUCACACAGCCCAACAGUUACAGACGACGAGGACGUAAGGCCGGAAACUCCACCCCCCCCACAAAUACUCCUGCAGCCUCCAGCUCAAUGUGUUGCUGCUUCCAUGCAGCGAUCACUGCUUCCACCAAUCAGAAUGAGGGUCAGAGUUCAGGAAGAUGUUUUCCUCAUUCCAGUUCCACAAAGGGAGGCCGACUCCUGCACGGUGUCGUGGCUGUGCGAGCAGGCCGCUCAGCGCUAUUACCAGAAAUGUGGCCUCCUGCCUCGCCUCUCACUGCAAAAGGAAGGCGCUCUGCUCUCCCCGCACGACCCGCUGCUGGCUGUCCUACACACCAAUGAAGAGGUUCUGGCGGAAGUUUCCUCCUGGGAUCUGCCUCCUCUCCCCGAGCGCUAUAAGAAAGCGUGUAGCAGCCUGGCAGUGGAUGAGAACAAGCGUGUGACCCGGCUGUGUGAGGUGCAGGACGGGAGCUCCUCCGUGUCGGUUUGCGGCCUCAGCUUGGCGGCCUCCUCCCUCACCCCGCUCCUCCGUGCCCUCAAACUGCAGGCCAGCCUCACCGAGCUGCGUAUUUCCGGCAACCGUCUCCACGACGACCUCCUCCCCGAGCUGGUCGCCACUACCGUAACCAUGCCCCGGCUUCGCCUGUUGGACAUUUCUGCCAAUGCCAUCACAGGGGAAGGGCUGGAGAAGGCAAUGGACGCUUUAAAGGGACAGAGUCAUCCUGCGUUCCCGUGCCUGGAGGAGCUGGACCUCAGCAUGAACCAGCUGGGGGACGGUGUGUCCGAGAGUCUGUCCUGUCUGCUGUCCUGCUGCCCUCUGUUAGCCAAGCUGUCUCUGCAGGCCUGUGGCCUCACCGCUCGCUUCCUGCAGCAGCAUCGCCUGCUGCUGGCCAACGCUCUGACGGGAACCGGCCAUCUGAAAUCAGUGUGUCUAUCCCACAAUGCACUGGGCUCCACUGGCUUUGAGCUGGUGUUAAAGACUCUGCCGCUCCACUGUCUCACACACCUGGACCUGUCGGCUGUCUGCAGGGGUCCGGCAGACUACCCGGCGCUGGAGCACCUCACCAAAAUCCUGUCCCAGGAUGAGUGUUCGCUGACCCACCUGAGUCUGGCAUCUAACGGGUUGACGGACAGCAGCGUAGCCGCCUUGGCCAGGUUGCUGCCGUCGUGUCCGAGUCUUGUGAGUCUGAACCUGUCGGGUAAUCCGUCUGUCACUUCGGCCGCGCUUCACAACAUCCUGAUCUCACUCAGAGAGGCCCGUCGACCUCUGACCCUUCUCAACCUUCAAGGUUGUGAGAUGUCUGGCCCCUGGGACGGUGCAGGUCUGGCUGGCUUGUCAGAGCUGGUGCAAGAUCUCCGUCUUUGCUCUCAGGGACUGAACAAACUGGACCGGGAGGCGUUCAAGCAGAGCUGGGAAGCGAGUCGGCCUCGUGGACGCCUCGUUGACCGAAACAGCAAGUGUCUGCUCUCCGCUGACGCCUCUUUGUGAAGAGAAGGAACACUGAGUCGUGUCAAGAGACAACCGCAGAUCGUGAAGCGCUCAACCCCCAAUUAUGAGUUGUCCGAAGACAUGAACACAGUACUACCUUUAUGAGUCUGCUUCGUUGAGGCUGCACACUUAAAUCUUCAGAAAGAGCAAACUGCCAGUGACAUGGAAUCCACGUGUUUAUGUGCCUCUAUUUUGUACUUAUUUAUGUGUAUCUGUGAUAGUCUUAUGUUUUUUCUAUUUGCAGCAGUGUGUUUGUGUUGUGAUGUACCCACUAGAUACUGGAUUGUACUAUUUGAGAUUUAAAAAAAACAAUUAAAAUGAUUC